UCAAAUUUCAAAACGUGCCUUUUUUCUUUCUCUCUCUCUCUCUCUCUCUCUCUCUCUCUCUCUCUUGAAACUCCAUAGCUACGAACUCCACUUUCUGAGCUCCAUUCUUCUUCAACCCACCAACCCACAUGUGAUUACGCGCACGAAACCAUGUCCCUCCUCAGCAGAUUCUUCUACAAGAGACCCCCAGAUGGCUUGCUCGAAUUCGUCGAUAGAGUAUACGUUUUCGAUUCCUGCUUCUCCACUGAAGCAUUACCCGACGGAAUGUACCAACUUUACCUUCACGAAAUCGUCACCGAGUUGCACGAAGAGUUUCCAGAAUCUUCUUUUCUGGCCUUCAAUUUCCGCGACGGCGAGAAGCGUAGCCACUUCGCCGAGGUUCUCUGCGAGUACGAUGUUACCGUUAUGGAUUAUCCGAAGCAGUACGAGGGUUGUCCCCUUCUGCCCUUGUCUCUGGUUCAGCAUUUUCUUCGCGUUUGUGAGAGUUGGCUUUCUUUGGGGAACCACCAAAACGUGAUUCUCUUCCACUGUGAAAGAGGGGGUUGGCCCCUCUUGGCGUUCCUUCUUGCUAGCUUCUUAAUUUUCAGAAGGGUUCACAGUGGUGAACGCAGGACCCUUGAAAUGGUGCAUAGAGAGGCACCUAAGGGUUUGUUGCAGCUCUUGUCACCCUUGAACCCUUUGCCUUCUCAGCUUCGUUACAUUCAGUAUGUGGCAAGGAGGAACAUUGUUCCUGAGUGGCCACCACCAGAGAGGGCUCUGUCUCUGGAUUGUCUCAUUCUUAGAGGAAUUCCUGGUUUUGAUUCCCAGAAUGGGUGCAGGCCCAUGGUUAGGAUUUUUGGGAGGAAUUUACUUAGCAAGGGUGGGCUUUCCACUCAGAUGAUUUAUUCCAUGCGCAAGAAGAAGAAGAGCUUGAGGCAUUACCGCCAGGCAGACUGUGAUGUGAUUAAGAUUGAUAUUCAAUGUUUAGUGCAAGGAGAUGUGGUGUUGGAGUGUGUCCACUUGGAUUUGGAUCUGGAAAGGGAAGUGAUGAUGUUUCGCGUAAUGUUCAACACGGCGUUUAUUCGAUCCAACAUAUUGAUGCUGAACACUGAAAACUUGGACAUUCUUUGGGAUUCGAAGGAGAGGUAUCCAAAAGGCUUUCGGGCUGAGGUUUUGUAUGGGGAGGUUGAAAGCAUAAGUCCUCCAAGGGCUCCAACAACCAUUUUAGAUGGUGAGGAGAGAGGUGGAUUGCCCAUUGAAGCAUUUUCAAGGGUUCAAGAACUUUUUAAUGGCGUAGAAUGGGUUGACAGUGGUGAUGCUGCUGCUGUCUGGCUGCUUAAACAACUUACUGUCUUAAAUGAUGCUAAAGAGCUUUCGAGGUUGCAAGGUAAAGGAAGUUGGUAUUCGUCACCUGCUGACUCUGAAGAAGAAAAUAAUGAAUCAAGCACUGCUGAUAGUUCAGAUGAGGCCUUCGAUGUUUUUCCUAAGUCCUCUUCUGAUUCUUCAAAAUUAUUGACAUCUGACACCCCUGAUUUGGUCCAUUUAGCUUUUGAGAACGGUGGUGGAAAUUAUGGAAAUCUUACUUUAAGAACACUUGAUCAGUCAUUGACCGAUUAUAUUUCAAGUAGGGAAAAUUCUCCUCGUUCAUCUCCACCAUCGCCUUCACCAAUUUCUGCUACUCAACCUCUGCUUCCAACACCAGCACAAGUGCCACCUCCUCCACCACCUCCACCUCCACCUCCACCUCCACCAAUGUCUAAUAAGGAGCCUUCUCUGCCUUUACCUCCGCCGCCCAAUAAAGUGCCUCCUCCCCCGCCACCUCCUCUGCCACCCCUUCCUUCUCUUGGUUGUAACAUUAAUAAUGCUAGACCUCCACAUCCACCUCCUCCAAGACCUAUACAGCCAAGUUUAGCUCCACCACCUCCACCUCCACCACCUCCUCCUCCUACUAGAAGCAGUAAUGCCAAUAGUACUCCUAGUCCACCUCCUCCAAGGCCUGUACAAACAGGUUCAGCCCCACCACCUCCACCUCCACCUCCUCCGGGGCCUAUACGAACAGGUUCAGCACCACCACCUCCACCUCCUCCAGGACCUGUACGAACAGGUUCAGCCCCACCACCUCCACCUCCACCUCCUCCGGGACCUGUACGAACAGGUUCAGCCCCACCACCUCCACCUCCUCCGGGACCUGUACGAACAGAUUCAGCCCCACCACCUCCACCUCCUCCAGGACCUGUAAGAACAGGUUCUUCCCCACCACCUCCACCUCCACUUCCUCCAGGACCUGUAAGAACAGGUUCAGCACCACCACCUCCAGGUUCUGUACGAAAAGGUUCAGCCCCACCACCUCCACCACCAGCUCCUCCAGGAUCUAUACGAAUGGGUUCAGUUCCACCGCCAGCACCAAAGCCUCCAAGUGCUCCUCCUCCACCAUCCGGUCCUGGUGCAUCACCAGUGCCACCUCCAUUUCCUGCAGCCAAGGCAUCAGGUGUGCCACCACCCCCAAGCAAAGCUUCUUUAGCAACAGGAAAUGUUGCAAGAGGUCGUGGUACUGCCAUUGCUCCUAAGAAAACUUUGUUAAAGCCCCUACACUGGGUGAAAGUUGCUCGAGCAACACAAGGGAGUCUGUGGGCUGACUCGCAGAAACAAGAUAAUGAAUCGCGGGCCCCUGAAAUUGAUAUAUCAGAACUCGAGAGCCUGUUUUCUGCAGCAUCUGCUUCUGAUGGGAGCAGUACUAAAGGUGGAGGUCGGCGUGGUUCUAAUAUCAACAAACCUGAGAAAGUACAAUUGGUUGACUUGCGUAGAGCAUAUAAUUGUGAAAUAAUGCUCUCUAAAAUCAAAAUUCCUUUGCCAGAUAUGCUUAAUGCAGUUUUGGCGUUGGAUUCUUCUGUUCUUGAUAUUGAUCAGGUUGAGAAUCUCAUCAAGUUCUGUCCCACAAAGGAAGAGAUGGAAAUGUUGAAGAAUUAUACAGGGAACAAGGAAAUGCUUGGAAAGUGUGAACAGUUUUUUAUGGAGCUGAUGAAGGUUCCUCGAGUAGAAUCCAAGUUAAGGGUGUUUGCUUUUAAAAUCACCUUUUCUUCUCAGGUGAAUGAUUUAAGGUUACAUUUAAAUACAAUCAAUGGUGCAACCAGAGAGGUGAAAGAAUCUGUAAAAUUGCGUCAAAUAAUGCAGACUAUUCUUACUUUGGGCAAUGCCUUGAAUCAAGGAACAACACGGGGAUCAGCAGUUGGAUUCAAAUUGGAUAGCCUUCUUAAAUUAUCUGAUACUCGUGCAAGAAAUAACAAAAUGACUUUAAUGCAUUAUUUGUGUAAGCUUCUUGCUGAGAAAAUGCCCGAAUUGCUAGAUUUUGACAAGGAUCUUGUCCAUUUGGAAGCUGCGUCUAAGAUCCAACUGAAAGCAUUAGCUGAAGAAAUGCAAGCUGUGAGUAAAGGUUUAGAGAAAGUUGAGCAAGAACUCACUGCUUCUGAAAUUGAUGGUGCUAUAUCUACAGGAUUUCGUAAGGUGUUGAAGAAUUUUCUUGAUAUUGCUGAAGCUGAUGUGAGGUCACUUAUAUCAUUGUAUUCCGAAGUGGGAAGAAAUGCAGAUUCUUUGUCUCAGUACUUUGGGGAGGAUCCAUCUAGGUGCCCCUUUGAACAAGUGACACAAAUCCUUGUUGUCUUUGUCAAGAUGUUCAAGAAGUCAAGGGAAGAGAAUGAAAGGCAGGCGGAUGCUGAAAAAAAGAAAUUAGAGAAAGAAGCCAUGAAGGAAAGGGCAUCAAAUAACACGCAUUCCAAAAAAGAUGGUGUUCGUUAGAUAUUUAAACAAACAAGGGGCAUGGUUACUUUCAUUUCAAGCAUACUGCAUUGUACAUUUUGGAGUGUCUCAAAUGCAUAUUUGCAUGCACCAUUGGGAUCCUAUACCUCCUAAGAGCAACGCUGGCCGUUGUGCAUAUGGUUUGUCAGUUCCUUGUAGUUGGAUCAAAAUGCAUCUCUACUUUUGCUGGUAAAGGAGUAUACAUCAAUUCUGUAAUUAUACCACAAGGCAACUAAUAUAGAAAAUUCAUGUUAUGUUCCUCUUUAUAAUAGAGGACAUGUAUAAUUUUUAUUUUUUUUAAAUUCAAAUUUUCUUGUACUUUUGGAUAUUGCCUUCUCAAUUUGUAAUCUAGCUGCAGAUAAGAUUUUGUAGUUCAAA